UCUCCACUUCUCCCACCUCCUCCCCCUCCUCUCUCUCUCUCAUCUCCUCGUCCUCUCUCAUCUCCUCAAGCGACUACCUCAACAAAGCAUCACCAACCCCCACCACGACACGGCGCCUUCAAGGCUCCAUCCGCUGCCCUCUCUCCCCUCUCGACAAACUAGCAGCGGCCUCGUGGUCGCCAACCCCGAGUCGCCAUGGCCAGUGGAAUCCCAACCCGCCGAACUGCCCGUCGCAUUGACGAGAACGCUCCCCCUGCUGCGGGUACCAUCGCGACUCGUACCCGCACUACGGGUGUCGGCACCGCCACCAAUGCCUCAACGGCCAUCCCUCAGAUGAAGCGCACAGCGUCUGCGCUCAACGCGACCACAACCCGCUCAGCCGCUGUUGAAAGCAAGCCUGCCGUCACUGGCGCCUCGACCACACAGGCGGGCAAGCCUGCGACCCGCCGUCGCCCCGCGCUCGGCGAGAUUGGCACUGCACCUAACGCUGCCAAGGGUGAGAAGGGCAAGGCUACUGAGCGUCGCCCUUUGGCAACACGCGAGACCGCUCAGCCGGCUGUGCGACGCUCUACUCGUUCCACCGUCCUCGAGCCUGCUCGCGACGAGAAGCCUGCUGGCCCAGUAAAGCGCAAGGUUGGUACCGUUUCCACUUCUAGUACAACAACGCUUCGCCCCCGUCCAGGGUUCUCGCGUCAUGGCUCUGCUGUUUCCAACGCCUCGACUUCGACUUCGACCUCGACUGUCCGCCCCAGCCGCCAACUGAAGGCAACCGUCUCCAUUACGGAGGAGGGCCCUGCUCCCAAGCGUCCGCGUCCAUCCACUCCCGAGGACGUCUUUGUCGACAAUUACGAUGCAGACAACAAAGAAGUCAAGGUGGUGGCCGAGCCGAGCACCAAGGCCCCGCUCCCCAAGGACUAUGGGUGGACCGACCUUGACGCUGAGGACGAGGGUGACCCGAGCAUGGCAUCCGAGUAUGUGGUCGACGCCUUCAAGUACAUGAUGGACCUCGAGAAGACGACGAUGCCCGACCCACAGUACAUGGACAACCAAGACGAACUGCAGUGGAAGAUGCGCCUGAUACUAAACGACUGGAUUGUGGAGGUGCACUCCAAGUUCCGUCUCCUCCCCGAAACACUCCUAAUCGCCAUCAACCUUACCGACCGCUUCCUUUCCGCACGCACCGUGUCAUUAGAGAAGUUCCAGCUCGUGGGGUUAACUGCCCUUUUUGUGGCGGCCAAGUACGAGGAGGUCAUCUGCCCAUCAGUCACCCAUUUCCUCCACAUGGCCGAUGGGGGUUAUGAGGUGCAGGAGAUACUGCGUGCUGAGCGCUACCUCCUCCAGGCCCUCGACUUUGAUCUUGCGUACCCAAACCCCCUCCACUUCCUUCGCCGCGUCUCCAAGGCGGACGGAUACGAUGUCCACGCGCGAACUGUCGCCAAGUUCUUUAUCGAGGUCAGCUGCGUUGAGCACCGCCUCCUCCCCUACCCUCCAUCCAUGCUCGCCGCUGCGGCCAUGUGGCUCGCGCGUCUUUGUUUGGACCGCGGGCCCUGGCACGCCAACAUGGUCCACUACUCUACGUACGCACAGCACGAGCUGCUAGAAUGCGCGCAAGUCAUGCUCGACUUUGUUGUCGACCCCGAGCUCGACUUGUCGACGGCCUUCUUUAAGAAGUACGCCGCCAAGAAACACCUCAAGGCUUCAGUCUUCGUGCGUGAAUGGGCCCAGCAACGCUGGCCCGCAUCGGCUCGGGGGCGCUCGCCGCACCAAGGUCGCGAGCUUGCCUUUGAGUUUCGAGGAGUGCAACAGGCCCCUCCACCACCUAUGAACCGCUCGCCAGGCCGCUAAGCGCCACUAGCCCAUCGACGUGUAACGCUCCACCGCUUCCAUA